AUGCCCAGGUCCUUCCUGGUCAAGAAGGUCAAACUUGACACGUUCUCCUCAGCGGACCUGGAGAGCUCCUAUGGGCGCACCCGCAGCGACCUCGGCGUGCGACUGCAUGAGAAAGGAUACCUCAGCGACUACGCGGGGCCAGCGUCCGUCUACGAUGGCGACGCCGAGGCGGCGUUGCUCAAAGGGCCGUCCCCAGAGCCCAUGUACGCCGCGGCUGUGCGGGGAGAGCUGGGCCCGGCGGCCGUGGGCUCCGCACCGCCGCCCACCCCGCGCCCAGAGCUGGCCACGGCUGCGGGCGGUUACAUCAACGGCGACGCGGCCGUCAGCGAGGGCUACGCGGCAGACGCCUUCUUCAUCACCGACGGCCGCUCGCGCCGUAAGGCAGCCAACGCCAACGCCGCCGCCGCCGGGCGCACCCGCAGACCUCGGCCCGACGGGGUGGGUGAUCCAGGAAUAACCGUACAUGCUGGGUCGGUGUCCCCAGACCAUGGCAGCACCCACUCUCUGCCCCUAGGCCGAGUCCGUGUGGGCGCAACCGGGCUCCACCUUUGACUUGGGCCUUGCGUUCCUACUCCUGCGGGACCGAUCCAGGGUCCCAGCUGCCAGUACCACCGCGGCGGGAAGACAUACGCCACGUCGUCGAACCUGAGUCGCCACAAGCAGACGCACCGCAGCCUGGACAGCCAGUUGGCGCGGCGCUGCCCGACGUGCGGCAAGGUGUACGUGUCCAUGCCGGCCAUGGCCAUGCACCUGCUCACGCACGACCUGCGCCACAAGUGCGGCGUGUGCGGCAAGGCCUUCUCGCGGCCUUGGCUACUGCAGGGCCACAUGCGUUCGCACACAGGCGAGAAGCCCUUUGGAUGCGCGCACUGCGGCAAGGCCUUCGCCGACCGCUCCAACCUGCGCGCGCACAUGCAGACGCAUUCGGCCUUCAAGCACUUCCAGUGCAAACGCUGUAAGAAGAGCUUCGCGCUCAAGUCGUAUCUCAACAAGCACUACGAGUCGGCCUGCUUUAAGGGCGGCGCCGGCGCCGCUGGCCCCACGGCCCCCGCGCCCGCCGCGCCGCCGCAGCUCAGCCCGGUGCAGGCCUAG